UUCAUCCCAUUAGAAGACAGAAUUUAAUUCUAUCAAAACUUAGAAGCGGAUUAAAUUUCUUGUUCAAGAUCUAGUUUUGAAAAUCUUUGUAAAAACAUUAAUGAAGUUGCUCUUUAAAAAGAUGAGUUGUCUCAAAACACCCAAGAAUUGAUAUUUAUUUUGAAUGUCUUUUGCAGAAAGGUAUUACAGGAAAAAAUUCUUACAUCAUUUUGAAUUUCUGCGCAGAGGAACUGACCUCAGAGGGGAUUUAACGUGGAACGGAAAGAAAGAACUGAACAUGGGUUGCGUUUUUCACUUCUCUCUCAGACUUGGGUUAAAAGAUGAAUCAACGGAUUUGCUUGUUGCUUCUGUGGAGUUUAUUUCAGGAGUCAGUGUAGCUUACAGAUUAAACGUAUUAUAGCUGCUAUUCUCAUAUUAAAUGGGAAAAUCUGUAAAUUUGGCUACAUGUCAGUUUGAGGAGCUGUUAGUUUCUCAUCUGUUAAGUAAUUUGUCUUCUUCUUUGUAGAAGAAGAACUGGCCACUGAAUGUAUUUAUGUUUUAGGGCUUCUUCCCAAACGUCAAGAUGCGUUUUUUAAAUGACUUACUUUGAAUACUUUACAUUAUUGUCAGACAUGACGUCACCAUGACGUUAGUGGUUAGUAAUCAACAUCUUGGUUCCGUGAUUAUUUUGAGACAAUGCCUGAUUUUUAUUUUUCAUCCACUUCUGCUUUCAGGAAAUAGCCUUUUGCAUCCCCAGACCUUCUAAUUUAUUAUUUAGGCUAUCUCUGCUACAAAUAUAAAUUACUUAGUCAAAGUUUAUUCAUUUAAAGGGAACAAACAGAUUGAAAAUCAAAUCUUACGUUUCUUCCCAACCACCAAUAAAAUGCGAGAAGAAGAAGAAAAUCAAAUCUUCCCAACAGGUAGGGGAGACAGCUCUGUAGAGCAGAGCCAAUCAGCCUGCAGCAGGUGUGAUAAUGAAGCUGGCAGGUGAGCUGUGACAUCACAUCCACGGGUUUUCCUGCUGGGUUCCACUCCUCUCCGGCUUUGCUCUUCCCGUUGGCUGGUCAUGUCGGCUUUUCUCUGGCUUCUCUGGAGGCUGUUUCAUGUCACACUUGGAGGCCCGGUUCUGCAUCCGACGUCGUCAGAAGAGAUGAUGCCUGCUAUGAACAGCGUCCCCAUCCCUUCCUCCUACCGCCUGCCAGUUUUCCUGCACUCAUCGAUGCCGCUGGUUCCACCGGAGCUGUUCCGACCAGCUCCGUACGGAGGGCCUCUGCCCGCCGGGCUGGCCGGGCUGCUCAUCCCCCCGCUGCGGCAACAUAAGAGCAUCCCGGAUCAGGUGGCUCACGCUGUGGAGGCUUGGUGCGGCACAGAGAAAGUUUCAGUCCGCGUGGACCGCUUCCUGCUGCGUGCCUGGAGCGUGCCAUCCCUGUUCCGGAUAGGCUCGUGCACGCCGAGCGAAGUGACAUCCCGGUACUUGUACUUCCAGUACGGACUGCUGGAGUGUGGCGGACAAGUUCAGGUUGCUGGUGGUCAGCUGGUGUAUUCUUACCUGUUGAACUACACUCCUCCCUCACAAGGCUAUGUCAUCAGAGUUUUUCCAAUUAAUCUUCCCAUCCACUGCUAUUAUAACAGGUUUCAUUACUCUUACAAAGUUGGUUAUAGACCACAAGUCCAACACACAACUUUUCUGAGGAGCAUCAAAAGUAAACUAACUUUCAGCCUUACUGUCUGUAAUGCCCAGUGGGAGCCCCUGUCUCCAGGUCAUACGUUCUAUUUGGGAGAGCAAGUUUAUUUUUUGGCUCAGGUGGGAACUCUGUUGGCUGGAGAGAGGCUUUAUGUUGAUUCCUGUCAAGCCACAAGUUCUGAAGAUCCAAGCAGCUUGCCUAAAGUGGAUAUCAUCACCAAUUACGGUUGCAUGACGGACAGCAGGAGGGAGGGGAGCAGUUCUCAGUUCCUGUCAGGAGGUGGCAGUGUGGUGAAGUUCUCAGUGGAUACCUUUCUGUUUAGAGGAGUCUCACAAGUGCAGCACCUCCACUGUACACUGUCAGUCGGUCUGAGCACUUCAAGCAUCGCAAAGUCCUGUAACUUCAACAAGGCUACUGGCAGGUGGGAAGAAAUGUUGACUUCCCCCACAGUGUGUUCCUGCUGUGAUUCUGUGUGCACCGACACAGACAUGUCUGUGAAGAACCACGUCAGAAGUUCAGGCUGGCUCGUUGAUCAAAAGUUGGAGAGUACAGCAAGACAGAGAUCUUUUGAAGCUAAGGAAAGAGAGUACUUGGAUCAAAAAGUGAUCAGUAAAGACAAUGUGGAGGAUAGUCAGACUUUUCCACAAGACAGAAGUGGUUUUAAAGAUAAAGAGUCUGUUGCUGGCAGAAAACAAUGGAGACAGGUGGUGAUCCUGGAACAGGAAAAGGCAGAAGAGGAGCAGACUGAGAAAAAAGCCAGGAACCUGAAAAAUGAAGACAGUGAGCUGGAAAUGCUUCUAACACACAUGUCAGAUGAUGCUAGAUCACACAAUGAAACUGCUCAGGUUGGGGAGGAUGGGUUAAAUUUGAGAAAUUCUGUGUCUAGUUUAGCCAUUGUCUAUAAAAGCUCAGAUGCGUCAGGUACACAAGGAAAUAAUAGUUUUGGCAUAGAGUAUAAUCCAAGCACUCAAAGUUCUUCUGGUAAUGUUUCCACUUCUGAAGAUGCCAUCACUACUCGUUGUCCACAUAGUAACAGUGUUAGCUGUCCAGCUGCUUAUAGUGCCACCCACAAGGAAAAACAUAAUUAUAAUGAAGGGCAUAGCGCAAUAUCUAGUGCUGUUGGUAUUGAGGACCUUAGCUUUGUUAAUGUCAAAAAUAGUUCUGUUAGUUUGUCAGAGAAGGUUAUACCUGAGGUGGACUUAGUCUUGUGGUCAAAAUGGGUCAAAUGUGCUGAUAAAUCGGCUCUGACCACAACUCGCUCCACAACAGAAUCCGUAAGCAGUAAUGGAUUGGGUGGAGAUGCUGAUCUACAGGUUAAAGGGUUACUGACAGGACACACUCAUCCACGUUUGCUCAGGGAUCUGAUUUGUAAUGAUGGGGAGUCGGACAUUACCUCUGGCUCUACAGACCAAACUCUUCCUCAGACUCUACCAGCUGAAGGAAAGCUGAAAGAUUCUGGCACCAGAACAACACUUCCUAGUUUUGGUUCUCUUUCCAUUAAAUCAGAGCAAACUCAUGAUCUCAACCCCAAGCAUUCUGCCAUGGUAACGGUCACCACUUCCUUUCAGGACUCUAACAACAGUCCUUUGAUUGACAAAGGCUGGGCUGAGGUAGUGCCAGAAUGGGUUGUGCAACAUUUGUCUUUUCUUGUGCAAAAUACAAAUCGGGUUGUACAGAAUUAGUCACAGACUUGUUCGUCAGUCCUAUCAUUGCCACAGAGUUUUUAGGUAUCUUGUUGACAAAUAAAAUUUCUACACAAAAUGAAAAGUUAGGUUGUCAUUUUAGGAUAAAUAUUUAACUGUGUAGAAGCCUUGGUUUGAGAGAACCUUGUUACCAGUCAGUGUUCUCUAGAGUUUGGAAUAUUGCAUUAAAGCAAUCUGAGGAGUCCAUAAAUGUUUCUUCCCUCUGGAGCCCAUAUCUCAGUUAGUGAAAUUCCUUAACUUAGAUAUGAGACUAUAAGGUAAAACCUGUAGUAGUCUUUCAUGAAAACGUUCUUGGAACUGGAUCCAACAGAGAAACUGGAUAAAUAAGACAUUUACUAGCUGUAUGAGUGGACAAAAUGUUGAUUAAAUUUCAAGCUGAUUGGUCCCUACCAGAGUUUGACUGAUUUAUUACAGUGUUUAAAUGCUUUGUAUUCAUAAAGAAAGUUGACUCUGUCAUUGCUCUGUUUGAAGAACUGUAAUACCAAACAGUUCUUCAUCCAGACUGCAUAAUUCUGGCUUAAGAACUCUAUGAGCCUCAGUGAGAUGAGAGGUAUAAAUAUAGUUAGACAUGAGUGUUUGGGGCCAAAUCCCAAAUGCAUUUUUGUUAUGAUUAGUUUGUUAAAAAGAAUCACGACAGAAAUCACAAGAGGUACGUUGGCUUCUCCUUAAGAGAUUUCUUUGUGCACUCUGAGUGUCUAGGAGUGCAAAACAAUAAAAUGUAUAACCUCCUGGUGCUACAUAGAUAUCUUGUUCUUUUUGGUUUAUUUUUCAGUCUGUUCAUUUGCUGUGAAACUGCUAAGCAAGAUUAUGAUCAGUAUUUGAUUUGAGUACAACAAAAUACUGGCAGAAGUCAUGUUGCUGUAUACUGAAGAGGACAUGCCCUUGAAAUGGAUGUUUCAGCAAGUAGCAAAAUCAUGGUUCCAGACAAACUGAAUUCAAGUAAUGGAGUGGCCAGCCCAAUCUCUGGACCUCAAUCCCAUGGAAAACCUGUGGGCUGACAAAAAAUUCUGUUCAUGAGGCAAAACCAAGAAGUACAGAGGAAUUGUGGAAUGUAGUACAACUGUACUGGGCUGCAGAACCUGCUGACCGGUGCCAGAAGUUGGUCAAGUCCAUGGACCACAGAUGUAAAGCAGUUAUCGAAACCAUGAUUAUGCAACUAAAUAUUAUUUUAUGAUUCUCAGGAAAGAUGAAUCUUACAGCAUUUCUAAGUUUAUACAGUAUCUUUUUGAGUUUGUAAAGAAAGAUAUCAACACUGCAAUUUUUUGAACAUUGUAUUUCUUGACUUCCUGUGAAAUAUUUAAUUACGUUUUUCAAAAGGAAAAAAAAUUACUUUUUAGACCCAAAAAGAACAAUCUUACUCUCAUCAGUCCCCAAAAUAUUAUGCCUUUUUUUUUUUUUUAUCCCAGUCAAUGUUCUUUUUCAAGUUGCAACCUCUUCAGCGCAGCAUUUUUUUCAUAGUGGGGUUUCUUGCUGGUAUCUUGGCUUUACAUAGAUGUUGUCUGAUUAGUUUUUCUUUUUCUUCCUUGCCUUUCUGGUUUUGGCUACCAUUUUAAAGUGUUUGAUAUCAUUUUAGACAAACAGUCUGUCAUUUUCUGUACUUUAUAAGUUUUCCCCUCUUUUAUUGAUGGUUUAAUCAAACACUCUUCUUCUGAACAGUGUCUUAAGCGACCCCUUCUACUCAGUUUUUCAAAGACCAAUGCACAUCCAGCAUAUGCAAAAUCAGUUGCCUUUAUCCUUUUAGGGUCACCUGCUAACACUUUUUUUUCCCACAUAAUCAAUGACCUCACUAACUGAACUUGGCUGCUAUUUUUUUGAACACAUCCCUUUCAGUAAAUGAUUCAGUUUCAAAGAAUCAGCACCAUGCACAUCAUGCCUGUUGGGUGUGUUGGUUUUCUAUACCUCUGCUAAACUGUCUACAAAUAUUUUGUAGUGUAGAAGAAAUUCAAACAAAACCAGUGAUUUAUCUGGCUAGUCAUGUGGGACUGCUAUUAUUUUGAA